CCGCUGGAGAUACCCGCCUCGCCAUCUCCAAGACGUAUUUCUUCGCUCCAUAUCCUCCGUCGAGACGGCACCAUGUUGAGGCAGACAUUGGCUCGCUCGGCUUGGCGGACUGGCAAGCACCCGGCCAGCGCAGCAUGUCGGGCCUUUACGGCGACAGCUCAGAGAUCUGCUGAGGUUGAGCUCACAAUCGAUGGGAAGAAGGUUUCGAUUGAGGCCGGGUCCGCCCUGAUCCAAGCUUGCGAGAAGGCCGGCAUCACGAUUCCAAGAUACUGCUACCAUGAGAAACUCAUGAUUGCCGGCAACUGCCGUAUGUGCUUGGUCGAAGUCGAACGGUCACCCAAGCCCGUUGCGUCGUGCGCAUGGCCCGUACAGGCCGGCAUGGUCGUUAAGACCAACUCUCCCCUGACACACAAGGCCCGCGAAGGCGUGAUGGAAUUCCUGCUCGCGAACCACCCCCUCGACUGCCCCAUCUGCGACCAGGGCGGCGAGUGCGAUCUCCAGGACCAGUCGAUGCGGUACGGUGCCGACCGUGGCCGGUUUCACGAGGUUGGGGGCAAGCGUGCGGUGGAGGACAAGAAUAUCGGACCUCUUAUCAAAACAUCCAUGAACCGGUGUAUUCACUGCACGAGGUGCGUCCGGUUCGCCAACGACAUCGCUGGGGCCACGGAGCUGGGUUCGACGGGCCGUGGCAACGACCUGCAAAUUGGCACCUACCUCGAGAAGAACCUCGACUCGGAGCUGUCUGGCAACGUGAUCGAUCUCUGCCCGGUUGGCGCUCUGACGUCGAAGCCCUACGCCUUCCGCGCCCGCCCUUGGGAGUUGAAGAAAACGGAGUCUAUCGAUGUUCUGGACGGUCUCGGCUCAAAUAUCCGUGUCGACUCUCGCGGUCUCGAGGUUAUGCGCAUUCUCCCCCGGCUCAACGACGACGUCAACGAGGAAUGGAUCAACGACAAGACCCGGUUCGCCUGCGACGGCCUCAAGACCCAGAGGCUCACGAUCCCGUUGGUGCGCAGGGAAGGGAAAUUUGAGCCCGCGACAUGGGAGCAGGCUCUUACCGAGAUUUCGCACGCGUACCAGACUCUGGCGCCAAAGGAGAACGAGUUUAAGGUCAUUGCCGGUCAGCUCACCGAGGUCGAAUCCCUGGUCGCCAUGAAGGAUCUUGCCAACAAGCUGGGCUCGGACAACCUUGCCCUCGAUAUGCCCAAUGGCAGCCAACCAAUUGCUCACGGUAUCGAUGUGCGGUCAAGCUACCUCUUCAACUCCAAAAUUUGGGGAAUCGAGUCCGCCGACUGCAUCCUCCUGAUUGGCACCAACCCAAGACACGAGGCGGCUGUCCUGAACGCCCGGAUUCGAAAGCAAUGGCUGCGUUCGGACCUCGAGAUUGGCGUCGUCGGUCAGACCUGGGAGUCGACUUUCGAGUUCGAGCAUCUCGGUACCGACCUGGCCGCCCUCAAGGAGGCCCUGGCUGGUCCCUUCGGCAAGAAGCUCCAGGCUGCCAAGCGGCCCAUGAUUAUCGUGGGUUCCGGUGUCACCGAGCACGCUGACGCCAAGGCCUUCUACGAGACCGUCGGCCAGUUUGUCGACAAGAAUGCCGCCAACUUCCUCACCGAGGAGUGGAACGGCUACAACGUCCUGCAGCGGGCUGCAUCCCGGGCCGGCGCGUACGAGGUUGGCUUCGUCACCCCGUCUGCCGCCGUUGCCGAGACCAAGCCCAAGUUUGUCUGGCUCCUGGGCGCCGACGAGUUCGAGGAGGCCGACAUUCCCAAGGACGCCUUCAUCGUCUACCAAGGUCACCACGGCGACCGAGGCGCCCAGAUAGCCGACGUCGUCCUCCCCGGCGCCGCCUACACCGAGAAGGCCGGCACGUACAUCAACACCGAGGGCCGCGUGCAGAUGACGCGCGCCGCGACGGGCCUUCCUGGCGCCGCCCGCACCGAUUGGAAGAUCAUCCGCGCCGUCAGCGAGUUCCUCGGCGCGCCGCUGCCCUACGACGAUGUUGCGCAGCUCCGGGACCGCAUGGUCGAGAUCAGCCCGGCGCUGGCCGCGUACGACGUCGUUGAGCCCGUCGCGCUCAAGCAGCUCAGCAAGGUGCAGCUGGUGGACCAGAACAAGGGCUCCAAGGCGACGGGGCAGCCGUUGAGGAAGGUGGUGGAGAAUUUUUACUUUACUGAUGUCAUUUCGCGAAGCUCUCCAACCAUGGCGCGCUGCUCGGCGGCCAAGGAGACCGGCGACCCGCGGACAAACUUCAUGGCGCCUGGAAUGGAGGAGGACAGGCCGAUGGGCCAGAUCGCAUACGGUGUGUAGAAAAAAUGCUUCUCUGUUGUGAGAAGGAAAUAGAACCGUUGCUGUCCAUCAUACACCUCGUUCUCUCCACCUGGGUCUGUCCUCCUUUCCUUUGUUAGCUGGUGUUUGUACAUACCUGGAGUCGAAAGGGAAGCAGUGAAGUAAAUAGUAUGUAUGUGUAGUUGUCAAUUUGAACAACAGGGCUCGCCAUGAAUGAGAUGAUGAUGGUUCUUG